GUCAUCUCCGGGCGCCGAGGGUGACUGGACUUGUGGUGAGCUUCCAGGGCUCCGCGGCGCUGCCGGUUGUAUUCGCUGGAUACCAGAGGGCGGAAGUGCGGCAGGGUUCGGCUCCGACCUCCGCGCCAGUGCUUUUUGCGGCUGCGCGGGCUUCCUGGAGUCCUGCUGCCGCGUACCCGCAGGACAGUGUGUCAGGCAGGCAACCUGCCCGGCCGCCCCACUGGAGCCCGGGAUCCAGGCGUCCCCACCGGUGAGGGGAGCCGGAAGGAGGAGCCGUCGCUUCGGAUAGGUUUGGCUUUUGUUGAAAAAAGAAUUUAGCCUGUAUGUACUGCUUUAACCACUGGAAGAAUGACAGAUGACAAAGAUGUGCUUCGAGAUGUGUGGUUUGGACGAAUUCCAACUUGCUUCACGCUUUAUCAGGAUGAGAUAACUGAAAGGGAAGCAGAACCAUACUAUUUGCUUUUGCCAAGAGUAAGUUAUUUGACGUUGGUAACUGACAAAGUGAAAAAGCACUUUCAGAAGGUUAUGAGACAAGAAGACAUUAGUGAGAUAUGGUUUGAAUAUGAAGGCACACCACUGAAAUGGCAUUAUCCAAUUGGUUUGCUAUUUGAUCUUCUUGCAUCAAGUUCAGCUCUUCCUUGGAACAUCACAGUACAUUUUAAGAGUUUUCCAGAAAAAGACCUUCUGCACUGUCCAUCCAAGGAUGCAAUUGAAGCUCAUUUUAUGUCAUGUAUGAAAGAAGCUGAUGCUUUAAAACAUAAAAGUCAAGUAAUCAAUGAAAUGCAGAAAAAAGAUCACAAACAGCUUUGGAUGGGAUUACAAAAUGACAGAUUUGACCAGUUUUGGGCCAUCAAUCGGAAACUCAUGGAAUAUCCUGCAGAAGAAAAUGGAUUUCGUUAUAUCCCCUUUAGAAUAUAUCAGACAACGACUGAAAGACCUUUCAUUCAGAAGCUGUUUCGUCCUGUGGCUGCAGAUGGACAGUUGCACACACUGGGAGAUCUCCUCAAAGAAGUUUGUCCUUCUGCUGUUGCUCCUGAAGAUGGGGAAAAAAAGAAUCAAGUGAUGAUUCAUGGAAUUGAGCCAAUGUUGGAAACACCUCUGCAGUGGCUGAGUGAACAUCUGAGCUACCCGGAUAAUUUUCUUCAUAUUAGUAUCAUCCCACAGCCAACAGAUUGAAGGAUCAACUAUUUGCCUGAACGGAAUCAUCCUUAAAUGGGAUUUAUCAGAGCAUGUCACCCUUCUGCUUCAAUCAGGUUUGAUGGAGGCAACCUGACCAGAAACACUUCUCUGCUGCAAGCCCAACAGGAAAAAGAUUCCAUGUCAGAUAAGGCAAUUGGGCUGGUCUUACUUUGCAUCACCGCUACUUUCCUCCACUGCCAUCAUUAAACCUCAGCUGUGACAUGAAAGACUUACAGGACCACUGCAAGUCUUCUGUAAAAUAUAAUGAAGCCGAAACCUUUGGCCUAAAAAGAAAAUGGAAGUAUGUGCCACUCGAUUUGUAUUUCUGAUUAACAAAUAAGCAGGGGUAUUUCCUAAGGUGACCAUGGUUGAACUUUAGUUCGAGAGAGUGGAAACAUUGGUUUAAUUUUCAAGAGAAUUAAGAAAGUAAAAGAGAAAUUCUGUUAUCAAUAACUUGCAAGUAAUUUUUUGUAAAAGAUUGAAUUACAGUAAACCCAUCUUUCCUUAACGAAAAUUUCCUAUGUUUACAGUCUGUCUAUUGGUAUGCAAUCUUGUAACUUUGAUAAUGAACAGUGAGCGAUUUUUAAAUAAAGCCUCUAAAUAUGUUUUGUCAUUUAAUAACAUACGAUUUUGUCACUUUCCAAGUACUUUCUGACUCACAUACAGUAGAUCGCUUUUUACUCUGUGUUACCAUUUUGACUGGUCAUCACUGGCAUGGGUGGAUAUAGGGUAUAUAGGAUUACUUGUCUCAGGAGCUGUCAUAGAAUUUCUUGCUGCCAAUCAAAAAAACCUGUGUUCUUUACACACUAAAGUUAUAAAUACUGUAACUGUUUAUCUUUGCUGUUUUAUCACUGUAAACCUGUCAAAUCAUAGUAUCCUAAGCAUCUAUAUAUGAUAAUUUUGCAUUUUUGGAAAAACCCAUUCCUUCCAAGCAAGGGUUUUUCAUUAGCUCCUUAGGUCUGAUUUUUCACUGUGGUCCCCUGGCAGCCAGUCUUUUGAAGUGUAAAGAUUACCUGUCUCCUGACUGCAGUACCUUUUCUUUAAUUUUUACCAAAAAUAUCCAGAGGUUACUGAAGUUCUUACUCAAUUUAAGGAAAGUUUGCUGCACUUUAUUACCAAGCCUCUGGGAUUUUACUAGUCAAAUAUAUUUGUGCAUUACAUUUUGUUUCUUGUGAGCUAGCUUGCUGUCCAUAUUGAAUGUUGACUCAUUUGAGUAUGCUAAAAGACUUAUAUAGUAUCAGACGAUCAUGGUUUUAGAUCCCAUAAUAAAAAUGAAUGUUUUUCUUAUAAAAAAUUAUA